CUGAUUAAACCUGCGGUUACCGCCCCGACCUCCACGGAAGCGCCCGCGAAAAGCACGGUUGGGACUGGGAGCUCCCUCGACAAAGUUCCCGGUCGGUCCUUGGAAACCAUUGUUACUCUGUCCCUUGUCCACCCGAGCAUAUCCUCGGCCUCCACCGGUUGAGGAAGAGCCCCUGUACCAUGCAAGAUGCAGGAGCAUGCAAACUUAGUCCAUGAAAAAGAUCAGUUGGAGCAACAAUUGCUGGAAGUUAGGAAAGAACUGGAGGCUGCUUACCGUACCAUAGCUAACCAGGAAGAGCAAGCUUCAGUGAGGGAGAUAAAGUGGGAUGCGUUUAAGACGUAUUCAGCGGAUCAACUAGAAGCUGCACAAAAACACGCUGCAGAGCUGGAAGUACAAGUAUCAGCUCUAAAUCAGCAGCUGCAAGAAGCUGAGAUCCAUUACGAGAAAAAGGUUGCAAAGGAGAGUGAGAAACUCGCUCUUGUCAAUACACAGCUCAACAAGCUAACCCAAGAUGUGAGCAAGAGCGCUGAAAUGGAGAAGAAGGUACAGGACCUUGAGCAGAAGUUGCAGCUUGCUCAUUCCAAAUCUGAAGUACAGGCAAAGGAUGCAGUGGUGUCAACGAGAUCCCGAGAAUUCAGCCUGGACUCGUUAGCACCGCAAAACAAACAGCACGACAUAUCUCAGGCUCCUAGCACGGCCUCCCCGAACCCGGCGCAGCAACAACUGCGGGAGCCCUCCGGCAUCAUGGCCGUCAAGUUCAUCCUGGGCGUCGCCCUGCUGUCAGUGGUCAUCGGCGUGUUCCUCGGAAGGAGAUACUAGUGCCGAUCUUGUGAAGUUCCUGCUGGUGCCCGAUGGGAGAAUCCCAUUGUUAACAGCUAAAAACUGUUGCUUCCCAUGAACCUAAACUACUACUCUAGCUGAACAAAACAUAGCUUGCUCGGUUUGGUGGAUUGCAAUUGAACGGACUGAUGGCUUUCAGGGAGAAGUCAGAAAUCCGGAAGCUUCUUAUUGGCGAGUUCUCCCUAUAGUUUCUUUUUGGGUUAAGGGGGGUAGGAAUUUGAUUUUUGUUCAUUCCUAGUUUCCUACCCUUGGCAUGCAUAAGGCCAUAUGCAUGCAAUUUGGUUUUUGGUGUCAGUGAGCUUGUAUCUACAUCUCUCCCUCUGUAAAAAGGAAGUCCGUCAGAAAUAUUAAUUUGUUCAUAUGGUCGAGUGUAAGCUGUGUCAUAUGUUGUACAAUCACUCCAGUGUUUUUGAACUCUCUCUCUAUAUAUACAUCUGGGUUGCUGGU